ACUGAAGCGUAUAAGUGUUAAAAGCUUCCGUUAUUAUUUUCACUGCCCAGUCCGCACGCAUUCUCAGUCACUAUGACAUACUCGUAUUUGUUUAGAUUUUCAUUCCUCUUUUGCUCAACAAUUUGCUUGACGGUUUCUUCCUCGUCGCUGCUGAGACAAGAUGUGAAAAUCGGCAGUUUCGGCGGCAUAGCCAGCUUAUGCAAGGACGACAACCUCGUUUUCGCUAGAAGCAGAAAGCUCUUUUGUAUAAUCUGCAAGGGUUUUGACGCAUCAUGCUUCAGUACUACAUCGACUACUACAACAAGCACGCCAUCUACUUCAACGACUACAAGUUCAACUACUCCCGCUUCAACUACGACUAGUAGUACCACGACUCCUGCUUCUACGACUAGUUCAACUACCACAACUACUACCGAAGCACCACCAACCGAAUGAUCUAGAUUCUAGGAAUUCAAAACAUGAAGAUCUAUGCCUGACUACUAUAA